AUGGUGGCCAAGUGGCGCGACGACGAGUCAAGAGCUCGGCGCAAACUGCACGAGGUGAUUGCAGCAGGUCGCGAAGACAAAAGCUUCUCUGACAUCUACUUGACGCGGGACCAACAUCCAGGUAAAAUGCAAACGUUUUCCGCGUUAGGGUGGCUCGACGUGGAGGACGUCCUCUCGUAUGUAUCUGCAAACACGCUGCGUGAUGGUAGCGAGGAAGCCGAAGCUGGCGAUAGCUCUAUCCGCCCGGCCAGAUCCAAACGAAAAGGCAAAGCUAAACGCCGUCGAGCCCGGAGUAACUCUAGCAGUUAG